ACCAUCUGCACCGAUCUUUUCAUCAAAAUGCAACUGAAAUCGAGUUUAGGGUAUUUUGUUUUUAUUUAAAACGAGGCUAUCUAAUAACGGUUCGUAGAAAUCGACCGAAGUUGAAGAUUGUUAUCUGUCAACACAAGUUGAGAGAUAUCUAUAAAGUUAAAUCAGAAAUGCUGUGAAGUGUUUCAAGUCAGAUCUAUCUUAAGUUUGGUGGGGCUUCUUGUGACUGCUUCAGACAGAAGACCAGCUAAGUACCAAGGGAAAGAGAUAAGAUGAAAAAUGGCCAUUUAUCUCUUGCUGGCCGGAAUGAUCCUGCUGUUGACAUUCAUAGGACUGCUGAGAUUGUCUGUUCGCUUCAUAUCAAAUAAACUGAAGAAGAGAUAUGGUAUCGAGUUUGGAAUUGAUUCAGUUGGCUUUUUGGUUUUCAAAGAUAUUUGGAUAAAUUACAAGGAUGUAGCAAAGAUUAAAAUAAAAGCUAUUGCACUGGUUUCCAGUUUGUUCCAGUGGCAGUACUCAAAACCAGUGAAUAUUGUCAUAGGAAAUGUUGAGAUUGUCGUGCAUGAAAAAGAGACGACGACGGAUGCUUCAAAAUCGAAACAAAAAUCUCAGCCAAAUAUCGGUAAAAAAACAGGAAAGAGCAAUGGCUUGCUGUAUCAAAUUCUGCUAUAUACCCUCCAGUACGUUGGAAUCGAAGUCCCAGAAAUCAAUGUGCUUGCCACAAAAGGAGACCUGAAAAUGAUUUGGAGAUCCAAACUACGAUUCCUAGUUGGAAGACAUGGAUCCGAAAAAUUCAAUUUAUCGAUCGAAAUCCACGAUACGACAGUUAAGCUACUUGAAGAGUGUCAACCAAUCAUGGAGUGCUGUUUGUUUUCCCAAAUCAGUGCCAACGUCACACCAGCACGCAUCACCAGACCAUCUGAAAUCAAAGUGAAGUUAUCCAGGGUCACUUUAUCAUGUAGAGAAGGUUUGUUAAAAAGAGUUGGAAAGCCGCGAAUUAACAGGAGAGACGAUUCUCAAGAUAUUGACAGCAGAGAGCCAGUUGAUACUGAAUCUUCAUCUGAGCUGCCUCUUCUACAGAAAAUGGACCAGUUACCUUUGAGCUCAACUCUUGUGCUUGAAGAUUGCAAAAUCGUGUUCAUCAGUUCACAGGGAAGAGAAAUCUGUCUCAGUUGGCAUUGCGAGCUUGCAUUGAAACAGUUUCUUGAUGAUGCUGGAGAUGGGGAAACAACUUCAUAUGGCCUUUCUCUUGACUUGACCGGUCUCGUGCUUAAUACCUCUCGCAACAAGCUUUUAUUGAACAAACAAAUUGAAUGCAGUGUGAAGUUAACCACUGGUACUGAUUUGUCACAUGGAACUAUCAAUGCUAAUUUUGAUACAUUUCACGCCAGUAUGAUUGAGGAGGAACUCAAUUUUUGGAUAGCAGAAAAACGAAAAUGUACCCCUGAAGCAGAAGAUAGUGGUCACGGCACCCCUGUUCCAAGGAAAAGGAGGAAAGAGAGCAAUAUUAUCAAGUUUUUAAAGACACUGAAUUGGUCUGUGAAAGCUGUUGUUCGGAAUUGCUCUUGCGACAUCAUGGCCACUGCAAAAGAAACAGGCCAAAGCUACCCAAUUUUAAACACAUAUCUUGGAGAAUUCGAGUUGAAUAUUGCUUUUGAGAAGCAAGAUGGGAAAAACAAUUUUUCGCUAAGGUCGAACAUUGGGUUGAGUAAUUUGUAUUCUUACGUUUGUCAACUUGAAUCAAGUCAAAAAUUCCGGACUUGUGUAGACGGACCUGACAAACCAGCAAUUCUACCGUCAUCUGAAGUUCAUGUAUGGGGGAGAGGAUUUGAACUUGGGAAAGCAACUUUAGAGGUUUCGUCUGAGCAAAUUCUGAUAGAUUGCUCAAUGCCAGUGAUUCUAAAAGCAUCCUGUCAGAUUGCCAAUGUCGCCAGUGAGCUGUCAUUGCCAGUUGUCGCUGCAGCAAAAGAUAUAAUUUUAUUCAUUGAAGGCUUGAAACUUCGAAGGAGCUCAGCAGUUUACGCUCAAAAGCCAAGUGAACCGAGAGAAAAGGUCAAGAUACACGUUGACGUUGAUGUGCGAAUAACGAGUGUCAAUUUGUUCUUGUUGGGAGAACGAUCAAAUGGUGCGAAUUCGUUGGUUAUUAAAAUUGAUGGUGCGGAUAUAACUACGGGGUCGAAAGAUGAACCGAUAUUAUGGGAAGUGAAUGAGCUAAAGCUGUGCAGAUUGCGGGACAUAGCGCAGAAUCAACCCCACAAAUGUCGUGAUUCAAGCACUGUAGAUCAAUGUAUCUUGUAUUUUCCAUCUGUUGCUACCUGCUUCUUUCGAAAGAAACAGCCGAAGAGUUUGACCGUCAGCAUCCAGGACUGCCUUUUUGACUGGGAUACAGCAAAGCAUAUGGUUAUCCAUGAACAAAUCAACAACUUGAUCGAAGCUAAAUCGCUUCUUGCAGGGUCUUUGUCAAAUGGAAGUGGGUCGCCCAAUGUCGAAAAAUCGAGCAAAAAUCAAAUGGAUGUUAAAAUUGAUAUAAUUUCUGCAUGCAUGAAAAUGGCGACUUCAAAUGAAAACAGCUUUGGAUUAAAGAUGGAGAAUCUCUCCUUGCAGUAUAACGCAAAUGAACAAUCUGUCAAAGCUUCCGAUGUCAGCGUUUUGUUUGACGAAAACCCUAUUCUUAAAUUUCAGGAAAUUGAACUGGGUAAAAUUGAAAGUGAGGAUUUACAAGAGAGUCGAUCAAAAUUUUCUGAGAUAUCAGCGAAGAAUGACAGGGCCUUCUUGCUUGUCAUGGAGGCCUGCCGUAUGACAUUUCCAUAUAAGUUUGACUUUGCUACUUCUUUGGAAAAACUACUCAACGUGUUCAAAAUGCUGAAAGUUCUUCACAAGAAACCAAAAGCACCAGGUUACCAAGAACCUCUACCCCCAGAUCUUCGCAUAUGUUGUUCGAUACUAACAUUCGAGUUGGAAGACGAUCCAUUUGAAGUCAGGCUAGAGCAAAAUUAUUUGCUCCGAAUGGACGAGAUGGAAGAGUGCCAGGAGCGAGAGAAAAAAUUAAAAGAGCGAUUGAAAGACAUUCAAGGUGCUUUCGUUUCAAGUAACAAAAUGGAAGAAAUAAUGAACAGCCUCGCAGCGAAGAAUUCGCAAAUUUACAUAAAAAGAUCAAAGGCCAUUUAUCAAGACAAUGAGGAGCGAAGUAUUUUGUUCAAAUACGCAGUUAGAGAUUUCGACUUGAAAAUUAUGGCUGAUAAGUGUUUUCAUGGGAAAGAUAAUGUUUUGCAAAAUAUGAAGAAGAUUGACAAUGCGAGCCUAUUGCCAGAUGAUAUUGAAUUUAGUACUUUGUGGUGUAGAGCAGUUGAAGGGCAACUCAGAUACAUGACCAUGACAGUCAGAACGUACCAGACGCCACUUAUUUCAAUACAAAAUUUUAGAAUCAGCGGGAAGUUAGUUGGUGCGGAACAGACCGGCUCUCCCUUGUCAACAAGAGAUGCUGUAGUCAACAUUGAUGAACCAUGGGGUGAUUUGACCGUGAAGAAAAAUAUGCCUGCCUUAAAGUUUUACCAUGACUUCAACUGGAAUAUGGAUUUCUUCGAAGUUGGUUGGGGUAUCAAUUUUGAACCUGCCUGGGCAUCAGUAGCACUUGGUCUCGAUCUGCUAUCAAAACCUAGUAUUGACCCAAGCAAACCACUUCCAUUUUGGGAUAAGAUCCGCCUUCUCUUGCAUGGUCGACUUAAUCUAAAUGCCCAGUCAGUAAGCAUUGUUUUAAGUGCGUCACGUGAUCCUAAUAAUACAACGGAGAAAAUGGUUAUAGUUUGGGAAAAUUUUGAACUUGAUUGGACUAACGCUUGCGUCGUCAUUGAGGGUGAUUUUGACCUACACAUAAGAACUGCUUCAAAGUACGAUGACAGUCGUGUUCUGCAUUUCCCAAAAUUUAAAAUGCGAUUUGAUUUGGAAUGGCUGUGUAAGGGUGAUCCUAACGACCAUCAUCGAGCUGUUCCCUGUAACCCUAACAAGGUUGAGGACAUUGAGAAUCACGAUUCGUACAGAGAAUUUAGAUCUGAGAACCUGAACAUGUGUAUUGGUUUUGAAACUGGGAAGACAAUGUCUAAGGAGGAGAUGAAAGCCACUCCGCCAACUAUAUUUUUGUAUGCAAGCACUUUGCGGUGGUUCCAGAAGUACCAGGCUGUUGUUUUAAACAACGUGUCAAGGCCAAUAAAGAGAGGAUCACAUUUUGGUAACAUCAAACCAAGGAAGCCAACUUUAGGAAGACACUAUAAGUUCCUCAACUUUGAUUUUUGUUUCAAUCGUUUGCGUAUCAAUUACUUUGGAUCCUUUACACAAGAAGCUGGCUUUGAAAUGAAUGUGUCAUCAGGGAGUUUUGGCGCCAACUAUCAAGUUGAUGUUCAAGAGGUCCUUGACGACAUGCAUCUAACCCGAAGGCCAAUUGCAAAUUGGAUAAUACGUGGUUUGCAUAGUGAGCUCGAUAAAGUCUCAACUGACCUGAUCAGCAAUUUACCUGAAACAGAGGACUUGGUUUUUGGGGAAAUCGAGGACGAUAUCAUCAACAUAGAAAAACAUCCAAAAACAUAUUUCCUUUUUAGUGUAAAGCGAGUUGAAUACAACCGUCAGUCUCCAGGCUCCGAUAUGUCUUCAUUCACCCACAAAGUGGAACUGAAUGAUUUCAAAGGAGCAUGGACAGCUUUUAACAGAAAGAUUACAUUUGAGCUGUUUGAGGCAUAUGAAAACGUGCAGAUGCUUAAACGUGUCCUGUCCUCUGAUGCAAUGAAGCCUUCCAAAGAUGCAAAAUCACAAGACUUCAGAAGACAGCAUGCCAACAGCUUUAUCGAUUUGUCAGCUGCUAAUCACAAAGGAAUGGUUGAGCAUGAUAAUCGCCUCUUGCAGCAGUUAGUUUCAGAGCAAGAAUCCAAAUUUUUAGCACAGGUUGAAGAGGGAGAAAACGAAGCAGAGGGGCAAGCGAAGAGUGCAGAAGAAGAUGAUAUCAUACAACUUAACUUGCACAUUGAAUUGGUAAACUCUCAAGUAAUGAUGAAAGGCAGUGAGAGCAAAGGAGCACUCCUGAUCACUGCUGCAAAUGCGGAUAUCAUGAAGAGGUUGCACAGGCCUGUUGCGGCAUGCAAUGACGGCAUCAUGAAACUGAAUAAGGUCACGUGGGCUGGCAAGUUAAACAACCUACAGUAUUUUGCAACAUCUAAAGACCUGAGUGACCUGUCUUCCAGCUCUAUUCCAUGGAUAAAUGCUUCAGUGAUAAGUGGUAUGCCAGGCAAAAGCGACUCUGAAAAUCAAUCUAACGUUGCUUCUUUCAUGAAAUCCAGCAACUUUGCAGGCAGUAUCGUUAAUGUGUCAUUUGGCGGCGUUACUACCGAAGUGCAGCGAAUAGUGUCUCCGUGUCAUUGCCAGUUUAAGUAUGUCAGUCUUGACCCUGAGCUAGACCCAUUUGCAGAGGAAUUCGAGCCAACUCAGGAUACAACAUCUGGCUCGGCUUCUUACAGUGCGUCGUCAAAUUUGGCAAAUACAUUGCUUAUUCGACACCCGUCGUUGGAGAUAUCCACCAGCCCGAAUCAGUUUGCAAUGCUGUUGGAAAUUUGCCAAACUUUAUUGCUUUAUACGGAACCUAAGAAAAGAGAAAAGCAAGAUCGUUUUGAAAGAAUGAAAUUUCGAAUGCAGCUGUCAACCGGGGAGGACACAAAGGGAGAGAUCCAGGAACUGCAAGAUUCUGUCAGGGACUCUUUGUCAUACUUGCGACGCUGUGAGAGGCAAUUAUUCGAAUACCACAGAGAAGCGAACAGUAUAUCUUGCAUGGAAGACGACAGCUGCCUCGAUAUGGCAUUGGAAUUAAAGUCACUUAUCGUGGAUCUUCAAGAGCAGAUCCAGGCUACAAAGGAACAACUUAGUGCCGAUAGCGAAGAGCUGAAAAUGAUGAUACUGAUCUAUAAAGACUUUGCAUUGUCUUCCGCCUCGCCUUCACCAAGCAAAGGUCGCAAUAAAAACUACGUUGUCAAACAAUCAGAUAUUAUUUUUGAUGACAUGAGAUGGAGGCUAGCUCAACAGGAUGGACAGCUUGGAAUAGCAGAUGUCCAGUUCAAAAAAUUCCACUAUAACAAGUUGUCAUUUGACGAUAAUGGGGUUGAACAUCGACUUGAACUGGGCGGCUUCGCUGUUAACAACUUGAUUCCAAACGAGCCUUACAAAGAGUUGCUGGUACCCCAUGAAAUCAACCUUCGUCGACACGUCGACAAAUCCGUGUACGUUCGCGUGUAUUGCCGUGUACAGUCACCAGUAGCGGGCAUUAGUGUGAGGGAGCAUUUUGAAGUGAACGUGUGUCCUAUCGCUGUCAGAUUAACCCAUCGCUUCUAUCAUUAUUUGGUAUCGUUUUUCUUUUCACGCAAGUCAGAGAAAGUUGACCAGGCAGAUACCACGGAUUUUGAAAUGGGAAUUAAAGCCAAGGAUGAACCGGAGGAUACCCAAACUGACCAAAGCCAGGUUGUCUCUUCAACGUCUUUUAAGAAGCCAGCACCGCCAAGACCACCGCCUCCGAAGCUGCUACCAUCAUCAAAGCAGCCAUCAAAGCAGCAGCUAGCCAUGACGUCACCAAUGAAACAAACCACUGUGCAGCCAACGUACUUAGAUCUCCAAGCAGAGGAGCGACUCAAAAGGAAACCAGGGCUAACCUUAACACUGCCUGCUUCGAAGGAGGCUGUUUCCAGCCCUUCACCGUCUCCUUCGUCUUCUACAGGAACCCCAGUUAGAACACCUUCGGUGAAGAAGGGAUCCUUAUUCUACAGCAGAUUUUCAACCGAUGAAAAUGUUGAUCGGAUGAAGGAAAGAGCAUCGAAGAAUCAGACUUUCAUAUAUAUUAAGAUCCCGAAAGUCCCAAUUUGUUUCAGCUACAAGGGUGAGAAAGACAGAAACAUUGAAGAUGCACAUGACUUUAAUCUUUGCCUGCCGACUUUAGAGUAUCAUAACAAAACCUGGACCUGGCAGGAUUUGUCAAUGGCUCUUAAAAAAGAUUAUACACAAGUCUUAGUCCCUCAGAUAAUAAAAGAAAAACUCCACCUCAAAGGAGGCUGGGACAACAAGCAAAGUAUGGAAAAAGUUGGUGACGACGAUAAAGCAAAACUUUUAUUAGGAGAGCUUCCAGGAACCCAGAAAAAGACAGGGAAAAAAUUACUGUUCGGAAAACUGACGAAUCUAAUGUCAAAAGGAAAUAGUGAGGCAAGCAAAAGAGCUGCUGAAAAAGAGGAGUCAGCUGUCCUUUCUGGAAAGGGUGUGGAUCCCCUCGCAUUAGAAGAUGAGUUUAACAGAUUGCGAACGGUUUCCACAGAACAGUCUGACAAGGAUAUUUGACGUUGCAACAGCACAAAGCAGACUGGGGGAAAAAAGUUGUUACGCUGAUUCAACGUGUUUUUUCUAAGGAUCCUAAAAUGUCAGCGUGAUUAUCAAUUAAAUAGUAAAUCACAGCUUAUUGCGACACAAGAGACCUUCGGUAAUUUGACUUGGUCGAGAACCAAGCAAAUUUU